AUGAACAGGCUCUUUGGCACAAAAAAUACAGCACCAAAACCGACACUCAAUGACGCUAUCAAGAAUAUUGAUGAAAGAGUCGGCUCGCUCGAUGUGAAACUUUCAAAAAUCAAUUCGGAGUUGUCCACGUAUCAGCAGAAGAUAAGCCGUAUGAAAGACGGGCCAGGCAAAAAUGCUCUAAAACAAAGGGCUUUGAAGCUUUUGAGGCAGAGAAAACAAAUUGAAUCACAGAAGGAGCAAUUGGAAAACCAGCUGUGGAAUAUGACGUCGGCGUCAAUGACCACAGAUAACCUUCAAAAUACAAUGAUCACAGUGGAUGCCAUGAAAACAGCCAACAAGCAACUAAAGAAGACAUACGGAAAAAUUGAUAUCGAUAAGAUUGAGCUGUUGCAGGAUGAGAUGUUGGAUCUAAUAGAGAAGCUGAAUGAGCUUCAAGAAUCGUUGCUGACCUCAUACGAUGUUCCUGACGACAUCUCUGAGCUGGAGCUCGAUGCCGAACUAGAUGCUUUGGGAGAGGAGAUGGACUUUGAGUCUGAAAUGAACGAGGCUGGAUUGGGUGUGCCAAGCUACUUAAACGACGCCGAGCCUGCGCCAGAUAAGUUGCCAGCGUUUAUUGAUGAGCCUGAAGAGGGCGAAAAGGUGGCUAAUUAA